AUGUUCGGUUGCCCUUGUGGCGCGUACAUUAGUCAGUGGUUGAACGAGUAUUGGAUGAGUGGGCGUGAGAUCCGUUCUUUCGCUUCGGAGGCCGAUGCCUUUGUCCAGGACAUGGCCAGGGCCCGGCCCGAGUCCUCUGGGAUUGUCCCUGUGGCCGUGAACUUUCAGGUGCGCACGGUGCAAGCGGAGGGCGUGGCCGAGCGGACCGUGAUGAAGACGGCCAUCUGCCGGCCAUCUGCGGGCGGAGGCUGGUGCCUCUCUACCUGUGGGACCGGCCGACUGUUCACGAAGCCUUUGGACGAGCAUGUGAGACAAUUUCUUUUUGACCUACCUCGGACAAGGAUCAAGAGAAUGAAGGGCGGCGUCUCAUGUUUAUGUGCGGCUUAUGCAUGGAUAGACCGUACGUGGGGGCACAGGUGA